CUGUUCUCUGUUCCCUUCUCCACAGCCUCCCAUAUCCACUAGUGACACCAAGCUUACGGCUAUGGCGCUCUACGCGAAUACGUGCAAGCUGUAUGUUGAUUCCUUUGCCAAGGGCCGGCAAGUGGGAUGCCGAGGAAGGACAAUUGGGGAGGGCAUUGUGGCGGUAAAAGCGGCAGCAUCUUCCGAGGUGGCAGAGUUCGAGGCGGGGCUGCUCGAGAGGCCCAAAUGGGCGGGAGAGACCCCUCUUUCUCGGAUUGUCGGGGCCGUCAUUUCCUUCAAGCCCAUCUACUCUCUUCUCAAGCUCGGCGCUCGACAAGUCCUCAUCAGCACGGCUGAGAAGAAGGACAUCCCGUGGCGAGAGAUGACGAGAGAGAUUCUGGAGUCCGAUGUUUAUAAGGAGCUCGAAACUGUCCAGAACUCGUCGCUCGUGUAUCCUGAUUAUUAUCUAAGUCCUUUCCAUGCGUACGACGAGGGCAACCUGUCAUGGGUGGCUGCAGCAGAAGCAGAACCUGCAACCCUGUCCAUGGCAAGGCGUUCUGUACCUGAGGCUACUUCAAUGGAUGAAGCGAACCAAAUAUUACGUGGGAAUUGGUUGAAAAGGAUUCAACAACACUCUGAACAACAUUCAGGAGGUCGUGCAAUAAGAGACAUUCUCGACAUCGGAUGCUCCGUCGGGAUAAGCACUAGAUAUCUUGCCGAAACCUUCCCUUUAGCAAAAGUCACAGGGUUAGAUCUGUCCCCUUACUUUCUCUCUGUAGCGCAAUUCAAGGAAAAGAAGAGACCCCCAAGGGCAAACCCGAUCCGUUGGAGACACGCUAAUGGGGAAGAGACAGGCUUGCCUUCUUCUUCUUUCGACCUCAUCUCUAUUUCUCUAGUGCUUCACGAGUUGCCUUGUACAGCAACUGUUAAUAUGAUGAAGGAAUCGUUUCGGCUACUUCGACCUGGUGGCACUCUUGCUAUAAUAGAUCAGGCCCCAAAUUCCAAGGUACUUCAGGAGCUGUCGCCUGUCCUGUUUACUCUGUUGAAGAGCACGGAACCGUUUCUAGAUGAGUACUAUCUGAUCAACUUGGAAGAAACAGUUAGAGAAACCGGGUUUGUGAACGUAACAUCAGCUCUGUCGGAUGCGAGGCACCGGACUCUGACCGCAACAGUGCCUUUUUAGGUCAUUAACCAUAGUUUCACCCAUUUUUGUCCCCUGGUGGAGAAACUGUAGAAGGCUAAGAGGCAGGUGAUGCUAUCGUUCGAUUGAUUUACUCGAACAAUCUGUUUGUCAAAGACUGGUGAACCAACCAUGAGUCAUGUUGUUUAUAAUCGUCAUAGCUGUAAAUCGUCGAUUGAAAUAGUAGAAUAUCAAGCAUCUAGCCACUGUUUCAAUGGUAUUGUUCUGCACUCAGAACAUGCUAAUUAGCAGUAUCGUGCUAUAAGUUGUGAUCUUCAUGAGGAUACAUUGUGUACGAUUUGAUAUUACAGGCAACGAGAACGUGCCAUAUUAUCUGUACAA